GACGGUGGGAGCAAAGGCGGCAUCAUGUCAUUGACCACCAAUGUCGAUGUGUUUAAGCCGCCCCGCAGAGGCUAUUACUGGAGCUAUUACAUCAUCACAAGCUCUCAAGAGCUAGAGUCCGCCCUGGCGCAAACCUAUCCGGUGGUGCUCAUGUUCUGGGCGAGCUGGAACGAGCCGUGCAGGGUGAUGAUGAGACCCUUCAGGGCCAUGGCCGUGGCUAAGAGGUGGGCCGCCAUAUUCUGCCAGGUGGACGUCGACAAGUUCAAAGAUAUCAUGGAGCGGUACCGAGUGGAGGCGCUGCCGACGUUCUUGCUGCUCAAGCAAGGCAUGGAGAAGGGCAGGGUCGUCGGCGCCAAGGUCCGGGACCUCAGCACCAUCAUCAUGGCCAACAUAUGAAUGAUACAGUACUACUGGUACUAGAUAGGAUCUGUCGACUGAUGGUCCUUUCAUAAGCCGGACUUUCCAUUAGGUAUAUUAUUGGUGAAUCAACAGUUGCGACAUGUAUCGAUUCAUCUCGUCGAAAAUCUCAAUCACUUCCCUCUUAAACAGCCCUGCGGCACUCAGUCGGUCUAGGAAACUACUGUGCACACAACAUAUAGGGUGAACGACCAUGCACGACGGUACAUCUUAGCAGUUUGCAAACAGUUUGUUGCCAUGCAUGGACGGCUUCACCGGAUUGUGAUUCGAAAAUCGUGUACGCACUGUCGCCUCCAUAGCAGACCCGAUUUAAAUAGCAUACUAUGCCUGAGCUGUGCACUUGCCAAUACAAAGUUUUUUUUUCUGAA